UAAUAUUUAUCUCAUUGACCCCCCACGCUCUCACUCGCUCAUUUCAGACUCGGUGACUCACCCUCAGUUUUAUUCGCCUCCUGUCUCUCUCUCUCUCAUAGCUCGCCAAGCUUUCAUUUCCGACAGCGACGCCAACUGCGGUUAUGCUUGGCAGAUUCCGGCGGUUCUCCAGCUGCAUUUCGUGUGAUAUUAGAUUCUGAUCACCAGGUUCCUCACUCACAAGGAGUCAAUCUGACGUGGUAAGGAUGGUGAGCCCCACAUUUGGAGACCCUAUAGAGGAUAAAGCGAAUAUAUCUGAGUUACGGAGAACUUUGUCAAACAAGAAAGGUAAUGGAACACCCAUGAAGAGGCUCAUAGCCAAGGAAAUGUCAAAAGAAGUAGAAUCUACGGAUGACCCACCCAAUGUGGUUGCUAAGCUGAUGGGGCUCGACACUACCAAAGCUGCAGCAUAAUUUAGCUUCACAAAGAUGCCAUUCUAAAGGUCCAUCUCGACGCUCUUUGAGUCAAUCUGAGAUACCAAUGGAAGGCUGGAAGCAAGGCCGAGUCUUUUCAGCCAAGCAAAUGCAAUGCGAAGGAAAUCUCUGUGGAGAGCUGAACAAAUAUGAAGAUGUUUUUGAAAUAUGGAAACAGUCCUCUAGGACAACUAACGCAAGACACAGCUCUCCACAUAUAGGCAGUUAUAAUGAUAAUGUGAAUGAGAAAAGAAUAGCACUAGUUCGUCAAAAGUUUAUGGAAGUUAAACAUCUGGUGACUGAUGAAAAACUUCGCCAGACCAAGGAAUUUCAGGACGCACUUGAAGUUUUGAGUUCCAAUAGAGAGUUAUUCCUCAAGCUUCUUGAAGAGCCAAAUUCUACAUUCUCUCAGUCUCUUCACAAUUUCCAGUCUUUAAUUCCUGAGACAAAGCAUAUCACUAUUCUUAGACCUUCCAUGAUGGUUGACAAAGAAAAACUUUCUGGAGUAGGAAAGAAGGGUGAUAAACAGACCAAGAUACCUGCGCAGAUGGGUCAAGUAACUAGGUGGGAUAGAAACAACACUGCAUGUUCUCCUCCUUUCCCCGAUCCAAAUGUUGACGAAUAUUCUUCCCAACCAACUAGAAUUGUGGUAUUGAAGCCCAGCCUUGGGAAGACUCAGAACAUUAAGACUUUCGCAGCUCCAUCUUUCUCAUCACCCAGGUUAGUGCAUGGUGAAGAUUCUUUUGAGGAACCAGAAGAUGAUGAUGUACAAGAACAGAGAAGAGAAGUGGCCAAGGGAAUCACUAGAGAGACGCUAGAAAAUAUGAUGCAUCACAGGAGGGAAGAAACAUUGCUUUCUUCUGUGUUUUCUAAUGGUUAUAUUGGUGAUGAUAGUUCAUUUAAUAGAUCCGAAAACGAGUGUGCUGCAGAAAACCUCAGUGAUUCUGAUGGUAUGUCACCAACUUCUAGACAUUCUUCCUCUUCCUUCAGCCGUGCAUCAUGUUCUACCAAGUCCUCAGUUUGCAGGGAAGCAAAGAAACGACUUUCAGAAAGAUGGAGCCUGGUGGCAUCAAAUAAGAGUUCUCAAGAACAAAGAAACAUUGUGAGAAGCUCAAGCACAUUAGGUGAGAUGCUUGCUCUUUCUGAUACCAAAAUGUUGGUGAAAUCUGAAGAAGAGGGAAAUAAUAAGGAACAAGAACCUGAGGAAUCAACGUCAUGCCUAACUUUGAAUAAAGAAGAAAGUACAAGUGAUUCUCCCAAGAACCGUCUCAGGUCAACAGGGCUCCUAUCUUCCACUGCAAAUGGUGGAAGGCUUGAAGUUGAAGUUUCAGAUCCAAGAGAUAGCAAAGAAAAAGUUUCCAAGGAACUGGCAAAGGCAAAGGCAAAGAGCAUGAAAUCAUCUUUGAAAGGAAAAGUUUCAGGUUUAUUUUUCUCGAAGAAUAAGAAAACCAAUAAACAAAAAUCUAGUGGAUCUCAAGCUACUGAUGCAUCUCAAUCUGCAACUCCUGGAACACCUGGCUCACCCAUAAUUCAUCCUCGAAAGAUUAGCAGUAAUUCAUCUCAAUGUGUUAACAGUUGCAACCAAGAGCGUUUCUAUGAAACUCAUUUACCAGAUUUGACUAGUAUGGGACAGAAACAAGGCAUGAUUUCCUUCCAGGCAGGGUUGUCUGUACCAAAAACUUCAAUGGCAGCCCAUAUGAGCGAGAAUCAGGAGCAGCCGAGCCCUAUCUCGGUUCUAGAACCUCCGUUUGAUGAGGAAGAGAACACAAUUCACGAGUGCUCUGGCAGUUUCAAAACUCUGCACCCAGGUUUGGAGGUGCCACUUAACUCUAACUUGAUUGACAAGUCACCACCAAUAGAAUCAAUUGCUCGCGUCCUAUCAUGGGGUAUUUCUUUUUCAGAGACAGCAUCAAGCCUCUCUAUGGUUUCCCCCGGUCCCAAGGAAGAACAUGAUUGGGUUUUCUCAGUCCAAUCACUAUUAUCAGCCACGGCUCUCAAUGGCCAGAUGCCAGUCGAGUCGUUUAGAUGGCAUUCACCUGAAAGCCCGUUGGACCCAUCCUUGAGAGACAAAUAUGCCAACUUGAAUGCCAAAGAACCUCUACAUGAGUCCAAGCGACGACAAUGGAGAUCAAACAGGAAGCUCGUGUUCGACUGUGUGAAUGCAGCAUUAUUAGAAAUCACAGGUUCCGGUUCAGACAGUUGUGUGAGAACCCUGUCAUCAGGCAGGGAGGGUGCAUCUUCCAUGCUGGUUGACCAAGUGUGGUCCCAAAUGAAGGAAUUGUUUUCCGGUGAGGUGAAAUGUGGUUUAGUGGGUGAUGACCUGGUGGUGCAGAAAGAAGUGGUGAAUGAAACGCGGGCUUAUCAAAUAAAAUUGGAAAAAGAUAAUUUGGGAAGGGAGAUAGAAGGGAAGUUGCUAGAAGAGCUUGUGGAAGAGGCAGUAAUGUGGAUUUGACCAAGUAGGCCUUUGUACUCUCUCCAUUGAUUGUAACUCUUUUCUGUUUUGUGAAUCUGUGCAUUUGAUAUUUGAACAACCAAGAUCCUGACCCAUGCUUUAUUUGUUUAUUGUUGUACAUAAAAUAAUGGUAAUAUUAUUAAUCUGAUAUGAGUUGUUUAAAAA